GGAGGCCCAGCGUCAGGUGACCCAGCAGGAGGCAGAGAAGCUGGCAGGGGCCUUCGGGAUGCGCUACGUGGAGACAUCGGCACGAGAAGCUAUCAAUGUGGAGAAGGCGUUUGUGGAUCUGACGAGGGACAUCUUUGAGCUGGUACGGAGCGGGGACAUCAAGAUCCAGGACGGCUGGGAGGGCGUCAAGAGCGGAUUCGUGCCCAACACCGUCCACUCUUCCGAGGAGGUCGCCAAGGGCAGCCGGCAAUGCUUGUGCUGAUUCAACCUGGCUGCACAACGUUGGGUGACAGGUGGUAAUACCUGAGUGGACUCCAUCCGCAGGAGAUCUCACUCACUUUGGCUCCACUACAUGGCCACUUACUUGGGACUUAUGAUAUUUCCCCCCUUUACUUCUAUAUACUGUGUAAGACAGUCUUUUAUCUUUCAGGUGCCUGUUUAUGGCUCCAAACUUAAGACACUCUGUUGAUGUUCCUAACAGGCAUAGAAGCACAAGAAGUAUCUUAACCCCAUUCACUGUUCUGUGUGCAUGUGACUGUAAUAAUCCUGCUGUCUUUGCAGCUUUUACCAACACUUCAGCUUUACUGCACUUUUGGCCUUUCCUGAUGUGUACAGUUAUACUCCAGCGACCAGUUAUGUUGUUGGCGAACAUCUCUUAAACACUGGUACUGUCAGUGUAGUGUGUCUUAUGCUCAUGUUAAUUUAAAUCUAAAUCAGUGUUGCCAGGACUGAGUCUCCUCCUUUUCAUGCAUAAAUAUAUUGCAACGUGUAUCCGGUGAGAGAGAUGAGACGGAAAGAGAUCUUCACUGAUUGUACUGCACUACAAAUCCAAGUGGCUUAUCACAUAAAGAGAGUGGAGGAUGAUGGAAGUGAACUCCAAAGUGAACCAAAGUUUCAGAUACUGACUCUGUCGUGUUUGUUUGUCUGACGGUGAACUGCUGACGACUGGAGAGAGAGUUUGCACUGUGAAAAUGUUCAAUGGUUGACCAAUGAUUGCUGUAGCUGCUUACUGAUAGCCAUUAUAACUUAAUCAUAGCAAGGAUUUCUAUCAAUAUGGUAAACACCUAGUUCAUGUUUACUACUCUCUGUUGGUUUCCUGCUGAGAACAGUUAAGAUA